GCCUGCUUUCUGACUCUUCUCGUUUUUAAUUCAUUUUAUAAAACAUACCGUAGACACGCGAUUGUGCAGGGGAGCCCCGGUACCAUUUUAGGUAAAAGGGUGAAAGACGGACAAUUUAUGUGGACGGACGAUUUCCAUGGCAAUAGCUGCUCUCACGGAGCAGUGGUAGAAGAAGUAUCAAACUUGAAACGAAACCGCAUUUUUUUCACUGUUAAAAAGAAACGGCGGUAUUUUAAAAGGCUGUGCUGGGAAGUUGAUAAAGAAAAGUGGCGGAUUUGUGACCAUGCUCAAUUAGCCAAAAUACGUUGGAGACAAGGUGUAUCCCAGCUCCAUCAUGCAACCAGUCGUGGACAACGUUCCAGGAGACCUGCAGACUCAGCUGGCCAUCAAGGAGAGAGAAUGGAAGGAGCUCCAAUCGCUGAGAGUCCAGCAGCUGGAGAGCUCACUCAAAGAAGCCCAAGACCAGCUGUCCUCCCUCAGGCAGCGCUUCUGGCAACUGAGGGAGGACUUCCAAUUCAACUUGACUGUGCUAGAGGAGAGAGACAGAGAGCUAGAGAGAUACGACACCAUGGCUGCCAAGGCUCAGACUGAAGGGAGGGCCAGACAGGAGGAGCUGUGCCAGUUGCGUAUCAUGGUUGCAAAGUUGGAGGAGCAGAGGGACAGAGAGGCCAAGGAGAGAGAGGAGGAGUUAAGGUGCUGCCAGCAAAGAGCUGCUGAACACAGAAUGCAAUUGGAGACGCUGCAGAGCUCUAUGACUGGUGACAUUCAGAAGCAAAGGGAGGAGUAUGAGCAGAUAAAACAGGAUCUGCAGCGCCGGAUACGAGAGGUCGAAGAAGAACUGGCCCUACAGAGACAGGAGAUGACGGCAGAUUUUGAAAAUGAGCUCAGACUGAGAGAACAUGAGUUUAACCUGAGAAUGGAUGAGAUGCACACUGUGGUGCUGUCUCAUGAAUUGAAGGUAAAGCUGCUAUCUAAAGAGACAGAAGUCCACUCCCAGGUCCACCUCCAGGCUGUAGAGGCCCUUAAGGCUUCAGAGGACCUCUGUCAACAGGCCCAAACACAGCUACAGCACAAGGACUGGGAGGUCAAAGACAUCACUGCUGUCAAGGACAACAGGAUAAUGGAGCUUGAAGAUGAGCUGAAAAGAAUGGAGACCAAAUUGAAGAAAGAGGAGGAAAAUCACAUUAAAAAACAUGAGGACCUGGACCGGGCUCUGAGGCAGCGCGACGCUCAGCUGAUGGCUCAACGACAGGCUAAAACCAAGCAGCUGCAGAAGGCAGAGAAAGACAUGGCUAAACUGCAGGAAUGUGCAGACUUAAUGGCCGCACAGACACGCAAGAUCCAGAAAGACCACCAAGAAGAACUGACACACAGAGAUGAAAGGAUAGAGAGACUUUGCAGAGAGGUGGAGACAACUCGCAGUGGCUGGGACAAGUACAUCAAUCAGACCUCCAAGGAGACUGUUGCCAAAGAUACUGAACUGCUGGCCCUGCAGGAGAGAGAGGCCAAGCUCCGGACUGAGCUGGAGAAAAGCAGGGGUGAGACAGAGAGACACAAGCAGCAGGUGUGUACAGGAUUGGAGCGAGAGAAGGCCCUCGACCAAAGGUGUGUCCAAAUAGCCCUGGAGUGGCAGAGGCGCUGUGAGGAUGCCAAGGCUGAGCAUUACCUAGCCAGUGAGAAGUUAAUACAGGGCCUCACGCAGGCCAGGGACCAGGCUCAAGCAGAACUGAAGGAGCGAGACAGAGAGGUGAACGACUUGACUGUUUUACUGCGUACCAUUACCCCAGAGAGGGACCAGGCAUUGCAGGACCUCAGACCAAGCGCAAGUAAUCUGGCAUCUGAGGAGAUAAGUCGCCUGCAGCAGCAGAACAGCAGUCUGAGGGCGGUCGUGUCCCAGAUGAGAAAGAAUAUGGAGGACCUCAGCCAGCUCCAGAAGCAAGCCCAACCCCAGGUUUCAUCUACCCAGCUUCUUCAGCCUUCAGCAACCCCUGCCGCUCGAACCCCCCUGCAGAUGGCCACUGUGACUCCAGCCCAGCCCACUUAUGAUUUCUCCAAAACCAGCCCUGCAGGUACUCCAGAAUAUACCCAGGCCCUGGUGCAGGAAGUCUCUGAGCUUAAGGCUCAGUGCAGGCACCUGAACGAGCAGCUAGAGGGAGCAAGAUCCCUCAACACAGCUACAUCUACAGAUAAAGUGGCGGUUGCACUGGCCCCUGUAGCGCCAGACAAUGCAUAUCUGCAAAACCAUAUCCGCUCACUCAAUGAGACCAUUGGUGGUCUGCGUGUAGUGAAGGUGGCUAACACGGCUGCUCUAAAGAAGCAGGAGGUGAGAGUGGCACACCUCGAGUCUGCCGUCGCUGCCCUCACACAGCAGUGCCAUGCAAAGCAGGUUGAGGCAGAGGAGCUACGUUUGGAGCUGGCGAAUCAGAAGAGGAUGUGCACAUCUGAGAAGGCAGGUCUUCGCCAGCGACUAACUGCAGUGGAGAUGGAGCUGGAGGAAGUGAGGAGGGAAAAGGAGGAGUAUCAGAAAGGAAACAUUCUUAAUAACUUGGAAACUGUUGCCCUGGGAAACCAGGUGUCUGCACUGAAGCUGGACAUUGCUAGCAGGCGGGAGCCCAUUGUGUGUGAGCAGAGUGAGAUGGUCCGACAGCUCCAGGAGGAGAACCUGUAUCUACGGCAACAGCAGCUAGCCAUGAACCUAAAGUCUGGCAGUUGGUCUGGGGGGGUUCAGGCUGGUAAAUCCAGCACACCUCUCACUGCUCCUCUCCUACAAGCCAAGCUGAAGCUGGCUGCUCGCUGUAUCACUCGUCUGACCAGGGACAAGCAGCAGCUGAUAGAGCUGGGCAAUCGCCUCCGUGCCCAGUUGGCUGCUACUGGACUAGACGUCCUCCAGCCCUCGGUUAAACCAGGCGAGUCAUUGGAACCAGAGAAAGAUAAAGCUGGGGACCAGCAUGGCCAUCUCUCUUUUCUUGAACAACUACAAUACCAGCUCACUACUCAGGAGCUGCAAUUCGCUCAGAGGGAGCGGAGGCAGGGGGCUCCCAGCGAGGUGCGGACCUUCCCUUCCAAAACCAAUGGCGGAGAUAGGAACAAGGACAGGGCUGCCAACCCUUGGGCCCAGGCGCACAAAGACACUGCCAGACAUGAACACUUAAGGAUCAAAGAGAACAUACCUCCUUUGCUUAGCAAAUCACAGAGCUCUCUGCAUUUGGACAAAGACUCACAACCACCACCAACUGCAUCCGGCUCUUUACUAUCAUCCGUGGUAACGGAUGGGUCGCUAAGGGAGGUGUGGCAGAUUCUGGACCGAGGCCUUAGCCCCUCACUACUCACUGAAGGUGAAGUGGAGCUGAGCAGGCAGCAUGUGGCUGAGCCUAGAGGACUGAGUGUCCAGAAAGGUGUGCAGGGUGUCAAGAUCUGUAUGCAGUCCAAGAGUCCGCUUCAGGAGAGGGGGAGAUUGACUAACAUCUGCCCACAACCUGCUAAGAGCCAAAAACCACAAGCACUCAGAAGGGUCAGCAAGAUCAGAAACUACAACAUCAAGGACUGAGGGAAGAAUGGAUGGACUGGUGGACUGAUGGGAUGUCAAUGUGUGUGUGUGCUUUAUAUGUUUACUGAAGGGAAGAUAAGGAAGGAUCCAAAAGAUGAAAUGUUGUCCCUCCGUUGCAUUUAGCCAGAUUUUUUUUUUAGACUAGGGUAAUUUUGCCAUAGAAAAAUUAUAGCCUUGAACAGAGUCUUUCACACUGGCUAGGUGAUGGUUUUUGUUAAGUAUACUGCAAAUUUGAGCGUACUAUUGUCUAUGUUCAUACCGAAAUGAUUGGGCAAAAAAAUCUCUUCAGUGUUUUAAAAAUGCACAGAAUCAUAGGCUGUAAGAAUGACCUCAAUUAAACAAAUGGUGGAUUUUUACACUGUAGCACGUUUACUAUACAUGUUUUGUUGUGUGGGCCAAAUAAUAGGCAAGUCAAGAGCGCUUAGAUUUAAAACUUGUUCUGUUACUUUCACUGUGCU